AUGAAAAAACCGAAGGACCAAGCUGAGGCCGCCACCAAAGCCCAAAGUCUAGCCGAGGAAAAAGACGAAUUUGCCGAGGCCAUUAAGAAGGUUGCUGAGGCCGAGAAGAGAGAGGACGAGGUAAAAAAGGCCCAAGCGGAAAAAGAGCUUCAGCAGGCCUUAGUUACCAAAGAUGCUGAGAUUAAGGAGACUGACGAGAAGGCUUAUGCUCAAGGAAUGGCCGACAUCACUGAGGAGUACAAACUGCAAGUCAACAUCCCAGAUGACUCGCCAUUGCGCAAGGCUGAUGAUAUUCCUCUGCCAUUUCCUCCACCUCCACCUCCAAGCCAAGCUGAAGAUAAAUCUAAGUCUGAAUCUGAGGAUGAGGAUAAGGAUGACGAUGAAGCUUUGGUAAGGAAGCCCAAGGAUACUAGUGAGACCAAGUCCCCUCCUCAGGAUGAUCAAGUCCUAGACUUGACUCGUGAGGAGGAUGGGGAGAUCGACGCCGAGAUUGCUGCAGAUGAGGAAGCCGAGGUAUCUCUUCAGGAGACUUCUGAGGUUCAGAUCCAGCCAGAUACUGAUGCUGAGAAGUCUUAA